CUAUUUUGUUCUGUUUUGUCUUCCUGUGUUUGAUGAGUGAAACGCGACCACUGCUUGACAAGAGCAGUCGCGCGUCAAGUUUGGCAUCGCAGCCGAGCAAUGGAUCAUUUGCAAAACCACCACUCGUCGGACCACCAUCCAUACACGGAGGAAGCUUUGCGGCGCCGCCAGAUACGAGCAAAUCGCAAGCACCACCUCAGUGCCAUGUCUACAAGCGUCGCUGGUACAUCUUGUUCAUCUUCUCGGUGGCCUCGUUCAUGCAAAGCAUGGUGUGGCUGACAUACAACUCGGUCAACGACCAGACCAAAGAGUACUACAACAACACCAUUGACGACUCGCAGGUCGUGCUGUUUUUGACGUGGGGCCCAGUGUUUUACAUUCCCGUCGUCAUGGUCGUGCCGUAUCUGGAGAAGCGACUCGGUCCCAAACGCUCGUGCCGUGUUAUUGUAUUGGCAGCUGCAGGCUUGACGGCUGCUGGAUCUGUGAUUCGUCUCAUUCCGUGCUGGUUUUCCGUGUUGCGCGAAGAGUACUGGCGCUAUAUUUUUUUCGUCACGAUCGGUCAGAUUCUCAACGCAUGCUCGGGCCCGUUUGUCAUGGCAUCGCCUUCCAAGCUAUCGGUGACUUGGUUUGCUCCCAAUGAGCGCACCUUUGCGACCGCCCUCUUCAUUGUGUGCAACAAUCUCGGUACCGCCGUGGGCAUGCUCGUCGGACCCUACAUUGCCCCGACCGCCUCCGACGUGCCGCUGCUCUUGUACAUUAACGCGGGGUUGAGUGUGCUCACGUUUGUGGUCAUUCUCGCCUACUUUCCGGCUGCUCCGCCGCUCCCGCCCACUCCGUUGCUGCUGGCUCACCCCGUCGAGGCGACCGAGGCGGCCAUUGUUGCAAUGGGACCACACAUUUCAACGCACGGCGUGCUGCAUCUGCAGCAACACCCGACAGAGUAUGACGCGGCGUACUUGGAAAGCUCGCUGACCUCGGCCUCUCCGUCCUAUAGCACAACACGACUCCCCAGCCACUCGCAACACAGCAAUCAUCCAUCCAACAACCUCGGCCAUGGCCAGCAGCAAAGUUUGUCGCACUGGCCAGCCUUGUCCAGCUCGACCUCCGAGUCCUCGCGCUCCCGCUCGCCCUCGCCGUCGCUUGCGUCGGUGGCAGCGUCCAUCCCUCAUGUGGAUGACCCUUCCGACCAGGACGAAUUGCUUUUCAGUCGAGGAGUGCAGCCAGAUUCUCCCAGCGUGGCGUCAUUCUCCGCCGUGUCCAUGAAAGGUCCGGUGCACAAGCUGCCCAUGAGUCUGGAGGCGCUGACCCCCGAGUGGGCUCAUCGGCUCACCUUCGGCCAAACCGUGGCCAUGAGCGUCAAGUCGUCCAGUUUCAUGCUGCUUGCCAUCUGUGGCGGCGUCCAAGCGGGCAUUUUCAACGGCUGGACGAACAUUUUGCCCACCAUCAUCAAGAGCGGGGCCAACGAGCUGAGCUUUUACAGCCAACUGGCCGGCAUUGUAGCAGCGUUGAUUGCAGGCAAGCUGUGUGACACUCUGCUCAAGCGGCGAUUCAAGAUUGUGAUUGUGGUCUUGUUCUGUCUCGGCAUCGGCUGCCUGGUGUGGUUUACGCUGAGCUUUCCCGUUGGCGACACGUCUGCCGUCAUCAAUUCCUCCUAUCUGGCCAACGGGUUUUCCAUUUCGCUGGCCGGCUUCUUCUUUGGUGGCUGCAACCCGCUCUUCUACGAGCUCGCAGCGGAAAUCACCUACCCGCUUUCCGAGGACUUGACGGCCGGCAUUCUGACCCUGUUCAACAACUUGGGGUGCAUUCUCAUGCUGCUCGUCACGGCCUAUGUCGAUGCGGAUGAUAUCAACACGUUUGCAACAUGCGGAUUUGUCGCCUGCUUGCUUCCGCUCGUGUUUGUCAAGGAGCGUUACCGUCGGCUCAAUGCCGAGGAGGCACGACUCAAAACCAAGUAACAAACGCAAAAAGGAGGGAGAGGUGCGUGCGUGUUAUCCUUUUCUUUGUUCUGUGUUUGUUCUAAUGCCAUGCAGUGUGUACAAUAGAGUUACAGUUAAUAAAAACAAACCGGUUGUCGA